AUGCAUUUUGUGUACUCCGUAGUGCUUCCCCAAGUUGGGGAUUUCAACAGGCAUUGUACCGCUCUGAUACGGAUGCGUGUUCGGUCUCACCGCCAGCCGGACCCUCCUCCUGGCCGCCUGAGCGUCAACUUGAGAGGCACGCGGCGGUCGUAUUGCUCAUUUUCCAAGUUCGACACGUCAUCUCCCUCACCGACUACCACCAACUUUGCUGCUGGCGGAUUGCCGAUCUCCAUGCCUCAGCUGCUGCUGCGCCAGUCCAAGGGUAGAACAUCAACCGCACGCAGUAUUGGGGUACUCAUGAAGUGGCAGAAGUAUAAAUGCACAAACGAGACCUUUAUCCGCACACAACAAUGCAAUGGCCCCUGGCAUCCCCGUUUGUUAAUUGAACCGUUUCUUCGCUGCCAGUACAUAGUCGCCGGAAGAGCCACCGGGCACGUUUGCAUAACAGACUCAACAGGGUGGUCGAACUAUGGCAACAUCUGCGGCGACGGCUCCGUGCCCGCCGCGCUCGGUACCAAGGCCUGCCCGUCUCAAAUUUCCGCGGGAUGGCCGGGCUACAGCAGACGAUUCCCUUUCGAAGAGCUUUGCGUACAUGCGGCGUAUCGCUCGCCGAAAGCCGCCGUCAAACUGUACGGAGUACCUAGGAAGGACAUCUUGGGAGGGUGUGCAGAGCUAGGUUCGUUACUCCUGGGAUGGGUGCAGCUCGUUGACGGUCGUACAGUACACCUCACCUGGCCUGGCUUGUCCAAUUUUUGGAUGGUUUGGAGCAGCCCGGAAUUAGAGGGAUGGCUCGGUGAGCAAGCUUUGCCAGUGGAAACCCUCCAUGUUCUCAUGCUACCCCUCAUCAACGAUGCUUCGACAAGUCAAAUAUCUUAG